AUGACCGAUCAAAAGUCAUUUCGCGAUCAUGUUGGAGAUCCUGAGGCCAAGAAGGAGGUCGCCGACGAGGAGGUUGCUUUGGACGAGGAGACAUUGAAGCUCGACCGCCAGACUCUUCUCAGGCUGGACCUUUUGCUUAUGCCCAUGACCCUCAUGCUGUACCUGCUGGCUUGGUUAGACCGUGCAAAUGUUGGAAACGCACGAGUGGCCGGUCUGGAAAAGGACCUCCAUUUGACCGAUUUGCAAUACAAGACAGCGAUUACCGUCACCUAUGUCCCCUAUGUCCUGUCUGAACUUCCCUCCAACCUCCUGCUGAAGAUCAUCGGCCCCCGUAUCCUCCUGCCGACUCUAUGCACACUCUGGGGGCUCGUGACAACGCUCCAGUCCCAAGUGGAUAACUACUCCGGCUUCCUCGCAUGUCGGUUCUUCCUUGGCUUGCUAGAAGGAGGUCUCUUUCCGGGCAUUGUUCUCUUCUUGUCGAACUUCUACCGCCGCCACGAACUCCAGGUUCGCAUCGCCCUCUUCUUCUCCGCCGCUUCCCUGAGCGGCGCCUUCUCGGGCCUCCUCGCAGCAGCCAUCCAGCAGAUGAGCGGCCUCCGCGGUAUGAAGGGCUGGCAGUGGAUCUUUCUCCUCGAGGGCUUAUUCACCGUCUGCUUCGGUAUUUUCUCCUUUUUCGUGCUUCCCAACGGUCCGGAGAAAGUCAUUACCUUUCGCCCGCAGCACUCCCAGCGCUGCAUCGCCCGUCUGCAGCAGGACAGCAACAAGUUUGAAACCGAGUCCAAAGUCACAUUCAAGGGCGUCAUCUCCGUUCUAAAAGAUCUCCACGUCUGGAUCGCAUGUCUCAUUCUCUUCUGCAACGGGGCCUGCCUCUUCGGACUCGCAUAUUUCUCGCCCUCCAUCGUCCAAGCACUUGGAUACAGCCCUACAAAAACCCAACUGAUGACCGUCCCACCCUACGCCGCCGGGUUCUUCGUGACAAUGCUAACAGCGUACUUUUCCGACCGCCGACAGCAGCGCGGCGCCGGGGCCUUCGUCACAAGCGGCAUCGCGCUCAUUGGCGCCGCGCUGGCUAUCAACGGACGCAGUGUAGGCAUCCGCUACGCUGCGCUCAUGCUUCUCGUGACGGGCGUGUAUGCCUGUGCGCCUUGCCUGAUUAGUUGGGUUCCGAAUAACACGGCGGGCCACCUGCGGCGCGCCACUGCCGUGGCGAUGGCGUUCAUCGCGACGAAUAUGGGGGGUAUCAUGAGUACGUGGAUCUAUCCCAAGGAGUCGGCGCCGUACUUCAACCUGGGGAUCCGCUUUAAUCUAGCGUUGCUGGUGAUUGCGAUGGUGCUUGUCGUGGUGCAGGUGCUGUUAUUGCGGUUUUUGAAUCGGCGGAAGGAGAGGGAUCCGUUGGGGUUGCUCCAGGGGACCGAGGAUCUGCCGUAUGAGGAGCAGUUUGCGAAGCUUGGGGAUAGACACCCGAGGUAUAAGUAUACUUAUUAG